AUGCCGCGUGUCUACGAAUUCACGUCGGAGAAGGAAGUAAGGGUAGCAAACCAAAGAAGAGUUCGUAGUUUUGAGUCACUUGUAAGGGUUUUUGCCCUAAUGUUAUCUCUAACGGCUGCUAUAGUUCAAAGGGUGGAUAAGCAGACCACAAUUGUUUCAGUUAAGUUGGUUCCAACCUUGCCAGCCAUCGAUGUUCCAGUCACAACCAAAUGGCUACACUUGUCCGCUUUUGUGUACUUGGUGGCUGCAAAUAGCAUAGCAUGCGUUUACGCACUAUUUUCCCUAGCCCUUUCCUUUACAAACCGCGGCACAAAGAAGAGCUCGCUAGGAGUAAUCAUCAUCGUCCUUGAUACGUUGAUGGUGGGGCUGCUCAUCUCUGCCAUCGGAGCCGCCAUGGCUAUUGGUCUGCUCGGUUACUACGGGAAUUCACACGUGAAUUGGGAUAAGGUCUGCUAUGUGUUUGGGAGGUUUUGUCACCAGGUGAUCGCUUCAGUGGUACUCAGCUCAGCUCUUGCGUUUAUCUUACUUGUUGUGCUUGCUGUCUCACGCCUUAACAAGAGAUCUACUUAA